AUGCCUACAGAAUUUAUCAGCCUAACAUUCAACAACUCGGCGACUGAGAUCGCCACGGGUCCCAACCCGACCGGUAUUGACCCCCAGUACCUGGUCAGAUAUGCCAGGACACUGGACGAGUAUGGUUUCAACUAUACACUGGUGCCGUACGGCUCGGGGUCCUAUGAUCCCUUUACCAUUGGCGCCACCAUUGCCGCCGUGACCAAGAACAUUAGCGUCAUCAUUGCCCUGCGGCCCAACACCAUGUAUCCAACCGUGGCCGCCAAGGCCCUGGCCACACUGGACCAGCUGAGCUCUGGCCGCGUCGUCGUGCACUUUAUCGCCGGCGGCAGCGAUGCCGAGCAGGCCAAGGAGGGCGAUUUCCUCAGCAAGGACGAGCGCUACGGCCGCCUCGAGGACUACAUCAAGAUCCUCCGCCGCGCCUGGCAGUCGGCCGAGCCCUUUGACUGGGAGAGCAAGUACUACACCUUCAAGGGCUUCAGCAACCAGGUGCGGCCCACCAAGGGCACGAUCCCCGUGUCCGUGGGCGGCUCCUCGCCCGAGGCCUACCGCGUCGGCGGCUCGCUGGCCGACAUCUUUGGCCUCUGGGGCGAGCCGCUCAAGGAGACCAAGGAGCAGAUUGACCGCAUCUACGCCGAGGCCGAAAAGGCCGGCCGCACCGAUCGCCCCCGCAUCUGGGUCACCUUUCGCCCCAUCCUCGCCGAGACGGACGACCUCGCCUGGCAAAAGGCCUACCGCUAUCUCGACCUCCUCAAGGGCAACCAGGGCAAGGCUGGUCCCAACUUGGCGCCUCAGACCAACUCAGGUCCCCAGAAUGUCGGAUCGCAGCGGCUGUUGGAUAUCGCCUCUCGAGGAGAGGUGCAAGACCGCGCCCUUUGGUAUCCUACUGUGACGGCCACGGGUGCCCGCGGCGCUUCUACGGCAUUGGUCGGAUCGCCACAGACUCUGUCCGACUCGAUCCUCGACUACGUAGAUCUCGGCUGCGAGCUCAUUUCCAUUCGCGGCUACGACAACUACAAUGACGCCGUCGACUAUGGCCGCUACAUCCUGCCAAAGGUGCGCGCCGAGCUGGACAAGCGGGAAAAGGGCGAGACUUCUGCUGCCCCGGAGCCGUCGGCCAAGGAAUCCAAUGUGGUGGUCCCGGCUGAGAGCGGAUGA